AUGAUUCGAGAAGGUAAACCUCAGUUAGAUUCUAUGAAAAAAGAAUUAUUAUUGCACAUGAAAAAUCAUAUCGUUGCAACGAUGAGCACGAGAAGAGAGGUCUACGAUGCACUGAAAGAGUCAUUUGACACCAGUUCUACAGAUUUUUACAAUCUUUCCUCAACUGUGAAGCACGUAAGGAUAAUUCAGUUGUUAAUAACGUGUUUGGAAAAAUAUAAACCUCAUCAGCAUUUACAAGAUGCUUUCUCUGUAUGGAAUUGCCGUUUAGCUCCUGCAGUGUUCGCACUUUCUGAUCCAGUGGAACGACAGAAAUUCAGCAAACAUGCAAAACUGCUUGCUGCUUGUUUACUUGAUUCUGAUGAGUAUACAAAAGCCAUUAUCUGCUUGGGACAUGUCGUGCGAUUACAUGAUGGCGACGUGCAUUCACGAUUAUUGCUUACAUACUGGCUGUGCUUUCUAGGAUACUGGUCAUUAGCCAAAACUCAGGUGCUUGACGAAGAUGAAGUGAAACGAAUGUACUCUAUUCACAAAGAAAUCAUUAAUGAAGUUAUUAACGAUAUUAUUUAUCUACAUACGGGAAAAGCAGCGGGACAUCAUUCCGGCGAUUCAUUACCAGCACAUGAUCGUAUUCUUAAAACUAUGCAGAGUUUCGAGUCCAUCCUCACAAAAUCGAAAGCAAAAACUUUCCAACAGUACGAAGCACAAAUUCUUGUUAAACGGGUAUUGAUAGCUGCUAACCAUUUCUCAUCUGCUGAUUUAACAUUGAUUGGUGAUCCACUACAAAAUAUGGAUUUUAUAAAAGCACGUUACGAAACGUUAGUGAAAUCUCGAAGUAGCGUAUAUUAUGGUAGCGAUAUGAAAGAAGAGGAUGUCGGUUGUGCUACAUUUGCUGGUGGUGAAUUUCAAGAAACAAAAAUUGAUGAGUACCUGAAGUUAAGUGCAGCUGUGGCGGAGCAUUUCAAAAUAGUAUUGCAGCUAUGUUUUAAAUAUAUUGAACUGGGAAUCCUUCGAGAGAGUGAAAGUGAAGGAUUGAAAUUGUUACAUCAGGUUCUAAAAACAUCAAAUUUGCAAAGGUGUCUGGCAGUGUUGAACGUCUUAUUUCUAACAUCGACACUUGCUCGCGGUGAUAUUAUAAACGUUCGUCCAGAUCCAUUUCGACCAAUGAUUGCUUCUUUGUGGAAUAGGUCUAAAAAUGGAAUUUCUGUUCGUACAGACAAUGAAAGACUGAACAAAAAGCUGAAUUUAUCUUCUGGAAGUCAAGAAAUAAUAGAUCUCAGUGAAGAUGAACCAAGCAGUUUACCAGAAGCAAAUAAAAGAAAUAUGGAGAGUAAAUUAAUAUUAGAAGAACAUGUUGAAUAUUGUGAUUGUGUGAUAUGUACACUUUGUGGCAUGAAUCCACAGAUGCACAUUGAAGCUAUUUUUUCAAAGAUGUUAUUUUAUCGUUAUUCGUCAAGAAUGUUUCGCAUGUUUUCUGAACGGAUUCUGAAACUGUCUCAGGAAACUUCAUUAGACGUUAUUGAUAUUUGUUCAGCACUUCAGAAGGAAGCAACGGAUAAGGCAAUCGAAGAACGAAAAUAUCCACUGGAAGCACUAGAUCGAUUUUUGCAUGCAGCAAUUCGAUGGCUCCGAAGAGUUAGUGAAGAGGAAAAACCGGAAAUUAUCCAGGAUGUAAUAAAAGAAUCGUUGAAAAUAUGCUUAACGGAUCCCAUACACUUUCGUUGGCAGUGGUUAACAAUACGACAGUUAGCGCGUACGCCACUUAAAAUUCCGAAAUUGGAAUGGCUGCGUUUACAUGUUUCGCCAGUCAAAGCAGGAUUGCGUUCACCGUUAAAAUCUAUUGUAAUCAACCUUGCGUCAGAGUUAAAUAGUUUGACACUUUGCUCACCAAGGCCAUGUCCCACUGUGAACAUGGAGAAAUAUACACCGACCGCAAAAACGAAUCGCAACACUGUUACUAACGUUAUUAACAAUUACGUCGACACGGAAAUGGAGGAAGCUCGGAAAGAUUUUGAUUCUUUUUCCCACCUUUUCUACAGAGAGUGGCGAUUCCAAAUAUGUUCUUAUUUGGGACAAGUUUGUGCUUUCCAAUAUAAAGCUAAUUGGAUUGAGUCGGGAUGGAGUGCAGCUUAUUAUUUUAAUGAAGCGAUGUUUAUCAGUACUCGCCAACUUGCUCGCAUGAUUUCCAAGAAGUCGGAAGAGAGUCAGAAUUUUCACUUCAAAAAUAUCAAAAAGUUCAAGAAAGCCGUUCAAUGUUUGCCACCCGAUUUGACAGUGGUGCAACUUUUUCUGGAUUGUAGACGAAUACUUUGGUUAAUCAAAUUAUAUAGUGGUCAGCCACCAUUGGUCGUGCCUGUUGCAUUCCUUCCACAGGAUGACGUCCUUCUAAAACGUUUUGUAACCUUAUUGGCGGAGAAUGAUGCAUCAGGAAAUCUUAGUAAAACAUGCACAGAUCCCAAAGAAUAUUGGCAGAUAAGAAGGAAGUUGGACAAAAAGCUGAAGAUUUUGGUUAAUGAGGUGCAAGCAGAAUGGUUUGGAAUUUUUUCCGUUCUACUUUUACCUUCUGUCAGUGUAAAUGCUGCGCGCAUUUCAGCUAUCAGUGAAUUAAUGAGCAGUGGACUUUCAAGAAGUUUUGCAAGUGCAUUAGUCGAGAAUUUGGAUCUGUCGACAACAAACUGGCGAAAGUUAGUGCAGAGGUUUUCAAGUUUAGAAAAUUUCGAUGAAACUAUUGUCACGCAUAUUGCUGAUCAUCGAAAUCAUUGGAUAUCGAAAUUUGGGAAGCAACCAUUCGUUCGUGAUUUCUCAAGCAGUUAUGUUUUGUUUUGCGUCUCACCGGAAUUAGCUUCAUUUCCUUUCGAGCUUUUGCCGGUGAUAGAGUCGCACAAGCGUGUCUGCAGGAUAUCAUCAUUUCACAUGUUCGAAAAACUAUUAUCUCUUUCCGAAAAGAUACCAAAGACAGUUAAUGGGAUGAAUUCUUUCUAUGUGCUCGAUCCUGGAGGUGAUUUAACUGAUACACAGAAAAGGCUUUCCAAAGAACUAGAGAAGUAUACUUGUUGGAAAGGAACAAUUGGAGCUGCACCAAAGCCGGAAGAAUUACGUAACUCGUUAGAAACUAAUGAUCUAUUCUUUUAUAUGGGUCACGGAAGUGGUGGUAGAUAUUUCGGAAGGUCAACAGUAUUGCGGAGUAAUAUUCGCGCCGUAUCACUGCUUAUGGGUUGCUCCAGUGUUCGAAUAACUUACGAAGGCGAAGGAUUCGACGGGAGAGGUGCGAUUUACGAUUAUGUUAUAGCAAAGUGUCCUUGUGUUGUUGGUUGUCUUUGGAUGGUCACAGAUGGUGAAAUUGACAGAGUACUCUUAGCUCUUCUGGAUUUCUGUUUCUCGGGAAUUCGAAAAGCGAAUGGUGAUAAAAUUGAGCCAAAUUCAUCAUAUCGAUUACUGAUAGAUGGAAUCGCAUACGCUCGUACAGCAUGUAAGUUAAAGUACAUGACUGGUGGUGCUGUUGUUGCGUAUGGAUUACCCAUUGUAACCUAUCUGUCGGAUGAAGCAACAGUCCAAAACAACGCAACUUUUUAA